AGAAAAUGAUUUGCGAUUUGAGUGGUAAAUAUCUUUCGAUUUUCUCUGUAAUUGUGUGAUAGAAUGGAUCGUGUCUGGUGCUUUGAGAUCCAAAUGAAAUGUUGCAGAGUUUAUGUUUUUUGGAAUAUUUUAUCUUUCGUGAUAAUGCAUAAAUUGGACCCCGAAAUUAGAUCACGAAAAUGUCGGACUGCAUAUUGACUGUUUAGUGUUGUGGAAUGCAUCAAUGUAGGGCGGCGUCGAGAGAAUUGAAUAGAGCCGGUCGAAGUCGAACAGAGAGUAUUGCACCAUCGGGUUGCAAUAUACCGGCAAUUGGCAUGACCCUGUCCUGUGGAUGGCUAUUAAAACACUUUAAUGAAGCCCAAAUGAGAGUAGGAAGCAUCAUGCAAUUAAAGCUACAGCAAUUGGCUGGCUUUUAGUUUUAGAGUUAUACGUCACUCAAAAUUGAAUUUCAGGAUGGAAAAAUCUCAGGAACAAACUCUACGCACACUUGUACUUCUCCUUGUUGUUUUCUUCAUUAUCCUUGACUAUGGAGCAGCUGAUGAGGACCAGGAACAUUCACAGGACUUGACUUUGGCUAUUCCAAAGCCCAAAGUUGUGGUGAUGAUGGACCAAAGAUUUCAACGACGGCGGCGGCGUGAUGUUGGGCAGAACAACCCCAAUAACUGUUACUCUGACGAAUACUACAAUACCUACUACAGGAAAUGCAAAGGGUGUACCCGGUGUUCACCAGGGACUCAACAUGAUCCACAAGAGUUCUGCGGAAACGGCCAAGGCCAGGAAUUGCACUGCAUACCUUGCGAAGAUGGAUUCUAUCAAUCGAAGGAAGGUAUCAAGGUCCGGACAUGUCAACCAUGCUCUAGCUGUGAUCCACAUGCCACCAUCGAAGAACCCUGCAAUCGGCGACGCGACACUGUCUGUGGAAAGUGCCAGAAAGGGUGGUAUUACAAUGAAGUAAACAUCUGUGUAGAAUGUACAGAAAGAGACGUGAGCGACCCAUCCAACCAAGAAUGUUAUGUCAAACCCAAGCCUAGUCCAGGACCAAAUCCGCCUGGUUCAGAACCACAGUCUCAUCCUGAACCAGACCUGAAUCCUUCUCCUGUACCUAGCGGAGGAGAAGGACCUCCUCCAAAGCCGUCACAUAAUCCACAAAAUGAAAAUGCAUUGGGUCGCUUGGAAAUCGGACUUAUCUGUGGAGCUGGCAUUCUUGCUCUAGUUUUUGUUGGUUUCUUGGUUUACUUAAAAUGUAAAUGCAACAAGACAAAAGAUGUGCCACCAGCUGUUGAAGAACAUGAGAUGACUGAAAAGGAGAACUUGUACCAUGUUGAAGAUGAGAAAAAUCAACGAAGACCUGGACCUGGACCCUCUAGACCAGGUCCCUCUGGUUACAGCCCUGGUGAUGCAGCCAGCAAACCAGCAAAGCCUGCGAGGUACACUCUUGUGCCUCCCUCUUCGCAUGAGAAUUCAUCGCAGCCUACACCAUGUGGAUCAUCAGCUGGCACUGAUGUAGAUCCCAAUCUUAGCCAAGAUAAAGAACCACCUUCCUUGAACUCUGUCACUGCUGAAGGAAUCCCCCUGAAUGAUCAAGAUGGUCAAGAUGAACUACUCACUGGUCCAUUUUCUAUGCCUCAGAGUCUGCAUUCUUACCUUCCUGAGGGACAUGGAGAACUUCCUGAAGACCCUGACAGACAUCAAGACGAUGUUCGAUCUCCUCCUGGUAAGACGGUUGACCUGAGCAGUCAGGUCACGUGCAAUGAGCCUGCAACAGGCAGGAACUACGAUGUCAUGCCGGAUGAGAGUGUGCGUUCUGAAAUUGGUUCUCUUUCCUCACAACCUCAACACAACAUCCCCAGGUCACCUCAAAGACGUCUCUAAUCGCUUCCAACUUCUCAGUAUGUCCAACCCACAUUUUUAUCCAUACUCACUUCAUGAACUGCCCAAACUAUGAUAAUGUAAGAGCAUUGGAUGUGUCAACAUGAGCUAGAAAACAAAUGGCCAGAAAUCAUUUCAUGAAGAUCCUACAAAUAGGUCCGACAUACACACAUCAUAGAAAAGCCCUUCUGUCAUCAAGUUUUUUCACAAAAAAUACAUCAUUGUUUUUAUAAGCUGAAAAAUGUCACUAUCGUGUUAUUUUCACCAAGUUUGAGUGUACAAAAAUCAGCUAAAUUUCCCUUUUUUGUACAUUGCCCCAUUGGUAUUCUGCCAAUACUGUACAACGACCCAAGUAUUAAGGGAAAAAGUCAUGAAUGAGCAGAAUUCUUGAAAAUAUUGACUUAACAAGCUUUUUCUGAAAACUAAAAUUUCACUACAGUAUACAAAUAUUCCAGGCUUUGAGUAAGUAUAGCAGGAAUUAUUUGUCCGAGGUUGGACUAGCAUUACUAUUUUUUCCCAGGGGGGAAGCCCGAGGGAAAAAUAGUUAUUUUGCCAGUACAACCGAGGAUGAAUAAUUCCCUCUAUACUUUUGAAAUAAAGGCCUGGUAUAUUUGUUUAAUAUUCUACAUUUUAUAAGUUAGAACAAUAGAUCUUGAUAAUCUAGUUCUUGUACAUGUAGUUCAUCCUUUUUAAUCUGAACCAAAAUAUAGAUAAAGCGUCACGCCAACUGAUCUACUUUUCCACGCACUCAGCGGAACACAGAUUUGUGCCUGCGUCGUCCCUUCAUGGGACUUGCCUGGUAGAGUCUACAUGUAUGUCGAUCUGUGUCAAUGAUCUGUGACGUCAAUGAUGGAAUAGUACACUAUUCCAUCAUUGACAUCACGGAAUAGUAAAUUUUCUGCAGUGGGCGUUUCAUUUUCAACAUCGUAAAUUUGAAUAUUUUUGGUCACAUGAUCCUAUUUAGACUAAUCAGCAUACAGGAUUUCAUUACGUAGGAUAUAAUAUUAUUUAUACUAAUAUAUACAAACAUCGUGUAAAAAAAAAUCAGCUUAAUUUGCACUGUGCUUCAUUGCCUUUUUAAUUUACUGCCAUCACUGCACAUGGAAACGACCUACAUGUAGGAAUUGUGAAAAUAACAACUCAUAAAUUAGCAAAAUUCAUGAAAAUAUUGACUCACAAACAUUCAAUAAAAUCCAUUGUUCAAGUAGUUUCUACCUUCCUUUGGGUAAAACAACCUUUAAUACCUUCCUUUGGUAAAAAACAUGGUUAUGAUACCUUGGUAAACGUUAUUCUCUUACUUUUCAUUGGUAAAUAAUCUGUUACCAUUAUCUGGUGAACCAUUUAUUCUUCAUGUGUUUUUCUCUACCAAGAUAUCAAAUAAGUACCUGUCUGUGAAUAUGAUGUUAUUUUGCCCAACACAUCAUUACGAUUUUUCACUGAAAUGAUCCAUAUGGCAUAGGGAAUAGCACAUGACCACAAUUGCCAUUUGUGUAAGACUUAUUUCACUUUUGUUGAAAGUUAUUAAUAUUAUUGUUGUUAAAAUUUGAUGGACUUUCACUGCCUUAUAUUUGCUACUUUUCUGUUCUUGAUUAUCUCCCAACGUUUAAGAACCUAUUUUAAUUAAUGUUUUAGGGAGGACUUUUCUUUUAAUAGGCUACAUUAAAUACAAUAAGAUUACAUUAAAAAAAUAAUUUUCUGCCAUUUAGCAAUUGCAUAGGAGAUUGGAGUUCUGUUAACAGUCUUGCGUUUUAAGGUCAAUAUGCAACUCUGCUUUCUUCCAGGAUGUUAUGCCAUCAAUUCAACCCUAUAGAAUUUUUUUUUCAUUCCUUAUUGAUGAACAUAAUAUUCGCUCUUGAUAUUCAAGAGAAAACAUUUUAUAUUUUUGUACUUGAUGUGCAGUACUCCAGUAUUAUACAUGUAUAAUAUAUUAAUCAUGUAUGUAUAUCAGAGUUGUAGGUAUGAGGGUGUGAUUUUGAUAGAAAACUGGCAAAAAGCAUGAUGAAGAAAAAUUAUGAAAACGGAAAAAAAAAAAAAAAAAUUAAUUGCAUUAUAAAGGUGGUUGGGAGAAAUAUUGUAGUUUAAACUAAAUAAGAAUAAUGAUACCAUAACCCUUUUUAAUUUAUUGAUUUCGAUUGAUAUGAUAUUAAUAGUUUGUGGUGGAAGGCCAUUCGUAUUCUGAUCAGUUUUAUUGCUCAAAAUGAAUUACAGAGGAAUUAAUUGUUAUAUAGACUGUUGUGACACAACUUUGCUCCUAUGACAUAAACUGUUAUCUUAAUUGCACUAAAAGACGUAGGCCCGUAUUCUGAAGUUGGGUUUAAUUUAAACUCUGGUUUUGAGUUGUGGUUUAACUAUGGAAAACCAGUUGUUACAUAAAUCUCUAACAGUAGAGGUUCAAUGUAUCAGCUCAUUUGACUCCCAAAACAUUAUUAAGUGCCUGGGAAGAAUAAGUAUGACAAUUGUCUUCACCAUUAAAUAAUUAGUGAAGAGCACAGUUAACACGAGAAGCAUUCACUGUUAACAAAAUUUUGAAACGUUUGGCUUCCCAUAAUUUUAGCACAGAGUUAGACCAUGGUCUAAGUUAAACUUGACUUCAGAAUACGGGCCAUAGGGUUAUGGUUGUUAUUGAUAUUUAGAUCAGAAUAGAGGUUGAUGAAAAGGGAAAAUUUUCAUGGAAGCAAUCACCACCAGGGCAAAUCGAAUUGCAUCCUCCCUUAAACUUGAUAUAUAUGAUUAUGACUUCUUGAAAAAGAAAAUAAUUUUUAAA